CGGGUUGACCAUGUGUUGUGUGACUGCCACCGGACGGCUGUCUGUAGAAAGUGCAGGGAAAACGUGCCGCACAGUGACACACACACACGUAUACACACACAGACAAGCAUGCGGGCGGCAGCAGCAGCAGCAGCUACACCAGCUACAUCAGCGGGGAGGUAAAGAUGGAGUAGAGAAUUAUGUGCCUCGGCUGUCACCGUCAACAUGUUCCCGGGAGUUUUCUAUGCACUGCUGGCGGGUUUCCUCGGGGCCGUGGCGUCGUCGUCGGCCAAGCUGUCCCUCGGAGCCGACUACCUGAAGGGAGUGUGUGAAACCGGACUCCGGACGUGGGGAGAGCAGCGGAAAUUCAGACAGGCGGACGAAACUACCGCCUGUGACCGGCUCCACAUCCCUCUGAGGCUGUUGUGCGGCGGGCUGCUCUUCACCUGCAACGCUGUGAUGUGGACCUUCCUCGCCAAAGCACUCAGGUACUCAUCUUCCUCCACCCGAACCACUGUGACCACCACCGCCUCCAACUUCAUAUCCUCGGCUUUCCUGGGGCAGCUGAUCUUUGGUGAAGCCCAGAUAACAUUGUGGUGGGUUGGGAUCUCCCUGACCCUCUCUGGUUUGUUAGUGCUGCAGAGGGUUUCACCGCAGGACGGACACCAGAACGCAGUCGCCAAGGACGAAUAAUACAUAUUGUCUCCACUAGCUCAGUGCAGUCUGGCUCCAGCUGACUGGAUGUAGCGUGCUUUACUCUCCGUCUCCUCUGAUUUUAACACCAAAGAAUAGUGAAGUUCUCUAAGUGGAUUUGGUCGAUUCUGUUCCUCUACAAAAAAAGUACUUUCAUUGAAGACUUUGCUCUCUCUGCACUGCAGUGAAAGAACAGGAAGAACUUCCCAGCUAAGUAACUUUCGUCGCCACGCAGGCUGAGAAAUCCUGCUGGCUCAGCCGCAGCCUUCUUUAGGCUUUUUCUAAAAUCAGAGGAGAUGUUGGCCUUCAGCCAGUUUGAUCAUGGCACAGCAACAGUCUGGCUAGAGGAGACAAUCUAAUGGAUGCCUGUGCCCAGUUUCCCAGAAGCUCUAAAAAAAAAAAAAAAUCAUCUUUGUCCACAGGCUUGGAAUGAAGCAAAAAUUAUAUUAGCUUUAGUCAAUGACAGCACAACAAGGCAUGAGCUAACACAACGGGAAGGAAAGGAAGGGAAGAGAUUCAAAGGAGUAAUUUGACAUUUUGGGAAAUACAAUAAUUGGUUUUCCUGCAAACAGUGAAAUGAGAUGAUUGAUACCACUUUCAUGUCUGUCUGGUAAAUAUCAAACUGAUGCUCGUGGCCUUUUAGCUUAGCAUCAUGAAUGGAAGAGGGAACCAGCGAGCCGGGCUCUGUCUGAAGGUAACAAAACCAGAACUUCUCAAGCUCAGUAAAGCAACUUUACACUUGUUUUAUUUGUGCAGAAGAAACAAAAAAACCUUACCUUUAGACGGAGUCAUGCUAGCGGUUCCCCUGUUUCCUGUCUUCAUGCUAAGCUAAGCUAAGCUAAGCAUCUUUUUUCGCUUUAGCUUCACAUUUAAUGGACAUACUUGAGAGUGGUUUCAAUCUUUUUCUAUCUAACCCUCAGGAGCUCCGGGUUGCGAACAUAUUGGUUGCACAUGGGCCCAAAAAUCUGUUAAGCCUGAGUAAACUCUGGUGUGCAGGACAGAUUUUUUUAAAAGGUCUAAAAACAGUUCUAUUGCUGAAGUUUAUUGUUGCAUUCUUGUUAUCUGCACCCUAUUCCUGUUUACAAUCAUUUACAUAAUUUGGUAAAUAAAUAAAUGAAUAAAUAAAUGUUUUAUUUGGUGCAGCUAAAUGAAGACGCACCACUGUCACCAAUGUUAAAAGUGAGUCUGGAGCCCUGACUCUCUGUAAAAGUCAAGACAUUAGAGCAUUUCUCAAAAUAUUAUUAUUCCUUUAAAGGACAAAAGAGAGAAAAUACAAUACACUAUAUGUAGAACACUGACAGACUGAACUGAGGUCAAACGUUUGGGUUCGCGAGCAUUUGGACAGCGAGCAUCAUUAGCUAUGCGCACGAUGUCACCAUCAACGCAUCAGCCUGCGCGUUACGCAUAUAUUUCAGCCCUCGGAUCACCAAAGCUUUCUUAAUUCUCAUAUUUCCUUAAGUUACAACGACACUCACUGUAAACAUCCUACACUGACGUUGCAUUUACUGCAUGCUCGAGGCGAUGUUGUGAAUGGAGCCCUUAGGAAAAAAAACGAGGUGCGCCUGUAUUAUCACGAGGAAUAACAUUAAUGUAGCGCUGAAAGGCUUGUCCCUGGUGAGAACUUGCUGUCUGCCUGGGUCUUUCUCUCUUUCUUUUGACUUUUUUCAUUUGCCUUUUUCUCCUGACAGCUUGAACCUUAACCUUACGAUAUGAGCACGACAUGUUUUCAGAGGCAGCUCGUCUUCCAUUUUCACGAUUGAUGUGCGCAUGUUCCACUUACAGCUCACACCAAAGCAUCCUGGAUGAUCUAGUCCGCGUCAGAGCGGCGUCCCUGUGAGCUGCUUCAUUUCUUAUUAAAACUGACUGAAGACUGGCUGAACUGUCUCUCCAGCAAAGGAGACAUCACAUGGCCUUUUUUAUUUUUAUUGCCAUUUGAGCUUUACGCGCCCUGCGUUUGCAAUCUCAUAUUAUUGUGUUGCACAUCACGAAUAUGUCCGUCCAUCACCCCCUCAUCUCUCUGGAUUUCAUGGACACCUGGCCCCCACGACAUCUCCGGAGCUGUCAGUGGGAGUGCAAUAACAUUAUACUUCCUUUAAAAGUCAUAACACUGUGAUGUGUGUAACAGCGAGGGAGCUUUGCGCGUUAAUAAUUGAGCAGAGAAAUGGCAAUAUGUGCUACUCGAGGGACGUUUUCUGUCAACACAAAUCAGCUAAGAAAGCAUAUACUAUAGUUCACAGGGAUUUGCCUGGAUGUGAUAUUAAAAGGGUUGCUAGAUUGAACAAUAUUUUAAGAUCACACUUUGCUGUUCGGAUACAUAUCAUAAGUGCAUAAUGGUAGCUAUAAUACUUGUGUGUAAUGUCCCACGGCAGCAAUGCACAAAUAUAUCAGAUGUCCUUCCAACUGCUGCUGUGCAGGUUUUGUAUUGUGCAAUUUACAUGCAUCCCUGUUUAAUGUGACUGCAGUGACAAUGUGAUUAUACAGCUCUUAUAUUAAAAGCCGGCUGAGCGACGUUUCAUCGCAGGGAUGUCCUCACCACGCAGGAUCUUUCAGCGGUUUAGAUCACACACAGCCACACACACACAUACAGGCAGUGAUAUCGGAGGUUAAAGUUUUGUGCCUCCACGUUUUGGGAUCCUGGAUAUGUUUGCAUUAGUUAAAAGAAUAGCUAAAAAUCUGGGGAUGUUACGCUUAUUAGCUUUUGUUCUGCUGAGAUUUAUCUGAGAAGAUUGACACCACUCUCAUGUGUGUAUGUUAGAUAUGAAACAGGAGCCGGUUAGCUUAGGUUAGCAUACAGGCUAGAAACAGGGGCAAAUAGCUAGCUUAGCUCUAUCUAGAAACUGGGAAAAAGCUAGGCUAGCUCUUGUAAAAGCUGUCAGUAAAAACAGUCUCAUAAAGCUAAGAUAUUAGAAAAAAACAACAAUUGUUGGUUUUAUUAAAGGUUAAGUGCUGGAAUAUUCUUAAUGUUCAGGAGCUAAAAGUUGUGAAAGCGCUUUAAGAAAUUGUUGCGUGUUUUAGUCAUCCCACUGUGAGGUAAGAUAUAAUCACUCUGAUAACUGUCUGAUAAAUAUUUAACUACAUUAGCUGAUUAGCUUAGCAUAAAGACUGGUAACGCGGGGGAGCAGCUAGCAUAGCUCUUUCCAAGGCGACAUACUCCACCAACCAGCAUCUCUAAAGCUUGCUAUUAGGCUAACACAAAAGGUGAAGUGUUAAGUUUAGUGUAACAUUAUUGAAAUGUCGAAACGCUGAAAUAAAAAUUAUCCAAGCUAGCUGUUUCCCCAUUUCCUGGUGCAGUGCUAAGCUAAGCUAACUGGCUUAAGGGUCUAGCUUUGUAUUUAUUGGUGUUUAUUACCUGCCAUGAAACAGUUGUGGCAACUACAACCACAACUAGUAUAAAAUCAUGACUUGUCACACACUUAAUAUUGAUUACGAAUAACUGCAUUUAAUAUGCUGCCUGUUUCCCCCUGUUUGCUAAGCUAACAGUCUGCUUUUUGUAUCUUCAUAUCCAACACACAGACAUUUGACAGUUGUAUCAAACUUCUUGUCUAACUGUCAGCAGUAAAGUGUAUGAGCACAUACCCUGGGCUAUUCCUUUAAACAUGUAUCUUUAAUCCUUGCUUUUGAAUCUGAAGAUGUUUUGGUGCCUGGCUUUUUUUUUCUCCAGUUAACCGCAUGACAUGAAGGUAAACCAUCUACCUGUGAACCCACUCUCACUGUAAUAUAAGCAGCCAGAGCUUUGCAGUAGCCACAUAUCUUAGCUCUGUGACAGCGGCAUGGCCCUGAGUGUGAUGUAUUUAUAUCCGUGUGCACAUAAACGUUAGGUGUGGUUGUACACAGAGAUUAGAAAAAAAAACACAAAUGUGAUCGAGCUGUGUGACAUUGACGAGUUAAUGAGCUGCAGUGCAAAAGAAAAAAAAAUGCAAAAUUUAUCAGGAACUCUUGUGAAUCAAUAAAGUUUUGACCUGUCUCUUGGUGUGAUGUUGAUACCAGAGCUUCUCAGAGAACAAUCUUUCUUUGUUCACAUUGGCAAAUGAGACUGAUUUUUGCCUUGAUUUUGGUAUUUUGUUGGUGCAAUUCAACCUAAAGUACGUGCAGCUCAGUCGCCACAUUAAUCCGAGGCUGCAGCUGCGUAAGCGAAAUUGAACACAUUUACCUUUUUAACACAAAUCAAGAGUGCUUGUGAUUAGCGGGAGCGACUCUGUGAGCUCUGAUAUAAACCCUUCAUAAUGUGUCUUACGUGAAACAAACAUUUGUAAAAGUGUAAAUAUAUUCUGUUAAUAGGAAACACUCAAAGGGGUGCGUAAAAUGUAAAAAUGUCAUUUCCACCAGGAGAAGAAUCACUACAUUAUGGAAUAAACCUCUCAUCUGACAAAACAAGCUUCUCGUCUGCAUCGCUCAGAUAUUGUCAGCUGUGGGGGAGAUGUUCAUGCUUUUACUCUACGUCCAGCUAUGUCCAGUAAACACUCCCUGAAGUUAAUGAGGCUGGACGUGACGUUUGCCCUGAGCUAUCCUGCAUCUUCUUCGCACAAUGAGCUUCAUGCUCCAUUUGUCCAGCUCCCUUCCUUUAAGUACCUUUUGUAAAAAUAGAAUACGAAGCAUUAAUUAGUUUGAAGCCCUCUCAGAUGCCUCACGCGUCUGUUUCUGCAAGAGAGAGAUUAUAUCUUUGAAUAAUAUCUUUUUAAAAUGUCUUUAUCCCCUUUUCAUCCCUAAACUGAAAAGGAAUGUUUCAAAUUUUUCUCAAAGAACAACCAUAAUUGUUAUUAUUUAUGUUGUACAGAAUAUGCUUUAUAGUAUGUAUAUAUUUAUAUACUUUAAAGCUUCUUUUGGUAAGAUAGUUAAUCUGUGCUUCUAGAUAACAAAUGUAAACCAUCAUUUUAAAGCGAGAAAACUGGCUAUUUCUGUAAAGUUCUUCUCGAUUCCUGACACAGAGUUUGAUUCUGAAAUUUAAACCAUUUCUCAGGCGGAUUCCUGAGGACGAGUUGAGGAAAGAAGAUGCUGUGGUAAUCUGGUGGUGCAUUGUGUUGCCAGACAGCAGCAGAACGUCUGGAUAUAAUUAAAUUUUUCGUGUUUGCUCUGGUACUUUUUGGCUGGUUACAGUGAGAGGGUCCAAAUGUGAAGCAAAGAAGGUACAUUUAACCAAAAGCUGUGUCACAUACGUAGAGUUUUAUUUCAUUCCCCUUAAAACAAACACCACAAUCGAAAAGAAAAAAAAUAAAAUAAUAAACAUUGUGGUCCACAGUACAUAUUCAUACCUGACCUCAAAGAACAUGUUGAACAAUUCAAGAAAUAAAAAGAAGAAAGCUGG